GCGGUUUUGUGAUCUCACUCGUGGGCUGGAUUGCUAGAGUGGGAUUUCUAGUCUUUCGGAGCGCAGUAUAUUUUUGCUUGUCUAUCUUUGGAUCUGUGUGCGUUUAACAGUAAUUAAGACAGAUUUGCUGAAUCGUUAAAUGAAGAUAUUUCAGACUGGAUCUUUACAUCUGUAUACUGUCUCCAAUUGGAAUAAAUAAUUGAGGAAUGUGGAAAUUACAGAAUGCCCAACAGCGUUGGAAAGAGAUUUAAACCCACCAAAUACAUCCCGGUAUCUACUGCUGCCACUUUUCUUGUAGGAUCCACCACCUUAUUCUUCGUUUUUACGUGCCCCUGGCUGACCAACACGAUCUCCCCCGCCGUGCCUUUCUACAAUGGCGUCGUCUUCCUCUUUGUGCUGGCCAACUUCAGCAUGGCUACCUUCAUGGACCCUGGAGUCUUCCCCAAAGCGGAUGAGGAUGAGGACAAGGACGAUGAUUUCCGGGCACCUCUCUACAAGAAUGUAGAGAUCAAAGGAAUUCAGGUCCGGAUGAAAUGGUGUGCUACCUGUCACUUCUACAGACCGCCCCGCUGCUCUCACUGCAGUGUGUGUGACAACUGUGUGGAGGACUUUGACCACCACUGCCCCUGGGUGAACAACUGUAUCGGACGCAGGAACUACCGUUACUUCUUUCUGUUCCUGCUGUCGCUAAGCAUCCACAUGGUGGGCGUGUUCUCCUUCGGCCUGCUGUUCGUGCUGCACCACAUGGAGCAGCUGGGCACGCUGCACACCACCGUCACUCUAGUGGUGAUGUGUAUAGCAGGGCUCUUCUUCAUUCCAGUCAUGGGCCUGACAGGCUUCCAUAUGGUCCUUGUCGCCAGAGGUCGCACCACUAACGAACAGGUGACGGGCAAGUUCCGUGGAGGAGUAAAUCCCUUCACGCGUGGUUGCUGUGGCAACAUCAAGUAUGUCCUGUGUGCUCCCCUGGCGCCCAGGUACAAUGGUGUAGACCCCAGGAAGAAGCCCCCUGUCUCUAUCCAGCCCCCCUUCAUCAGACCAGACCUCUCUGACAGACAGAUCAGCAUCAAGGUCAGCAACAACGGGAUCCACACCAGUAUCCUCCAGUCUAAAUCCAAGAUCAGUCUGGAUGGCCUGGCCGUGGAUGACAAAGGCCUAGACACCCAGCCUCCUCUACCUCCCAAAGCAGACCGUUACAACCAGCUGAAGAGCCAGCUGACGUCCGGCGAAGAUAGUUCCCUGUCCGGCAAGACCCAUCCCUCCACCCCGGCCAUGUACAAGUACCGGCCCUCGUUCGGCACCAUCCCUAAAGUCCAUUACCAUGCGGCAGGAGAGAAGAUUGUAAUGCCAGAUGACCACCGUAAGGCGUCAGCCAUCUUGGAGGAGGGCCGUUGCCAUGUCGACUACCGCUCAGAGCCCAACCUGGACCUGCCUGACUAUCGCAACGCCCCUCUCCACCGCUCCUUCCAGUCCUCCCCACUGCAACUGGACUCCUACCCCAUCAACUCCAGCUCCCUCAGCCUGAAGCAGGCCCACCAGCGCAGGGACAAGGGCCAGCUGCCUGUCCUCCAGCCUGAGACAGUCACCUCCACCCCCUACAAGAGCGUCUUCUCCCCACUGUCCAACCGCAACAGCAGCCUCUCCUACGACAGCCUGCUCAACCCCAGCAUUUCCCCAGCCACCGCAGCCGAGUGCAUGGCCCACCCCGGCAUGCCCUCUAUGGGCUCGCACUCACCCUACCUGCCAACCAAAAUGUGCCACGUGCGGCGGCCUGAACCUCAGAUCCAGAGGCAGCAGGUCCCCCCCAGCUUCAGCCCGGUGUUGGGCUCCAGGGGGAUGGGGAUGAGCAGGGGCAGGCAGUCCCCCCAGGACCGGGAUCUGUCCCCAGUGUUGGGCUCCAGGGGUAUGGGGAUGAGCAAGGGCAGGCAGUCCCCCCAGGACCGGGAUCUGUCUCCGGCGUUGGGCUCCAGGGGGAUGGGGAUGAGCAAGGGCAGGCAGUCCCCCCAGGACCGGGAUCUGUCCCCGGCGUUGGGCUCCAGGGGGAUGGGGAUGAGCAGGGGCAGGCAGUCCCCCCAGGACCGGGACCUGUCCCCGGUGCGCUACGACAACCUUUCCAAAACCAUCAUGGCCUCCAUCCAGGAGCGUAAGGAGAUGGAGGAGAGGGAGAAGCUGCAGCUGCUGCACCAUGGGGGGUGCUCCCAGGCUCAGUCCUAUGCCCAGGCUCAGGACUCAGGCAUGUUCGACAGCUCUGGAGGGUACGGCCUGCCUCCCAGCGCCUGCUACCCGGAUAGUCCCCGGGACCCUAGCUCCAGAGGCCCCACGCCUCCAGCCUACGGAGGCUCUAGGGACAACGUGAUGGGGGUGGUGAGCUACGGGCCUCGGACCCCCGUGCUGCGCUCCUCUGGUGGCUCCUCUCUGGCAAGUGCCCCCAGGACUUCCUCCAGCUCCCUGCACACUGACAGCAGCAUGCAGGGAGGCAGGGUCCCUGAGCCCCCCUGCCGCUCCCCGCCCCACCACUCCCCUGCCAUGCCCCAAUCCCCCUCCUACACCCACAAGAAACUCUCCUUCAUCCACGCCCUGGAGAGAACAGACUCAUCCCGCCUGGGUGGCCCAAGAGAGGCCAUGAUGCAAAGUAAAGUGAAUGGGCAAACAGACUGCCAUCUAGGGCCCAACCGCUCCAGUGCCCAGGGCACCACUCUCAGCCCUAGCCGCCACAGUAAUGUCAAAAAGGUGACUGGGGUGGGUGGCACAACCUAUGAGAUAUCUGUGUGAAAGGGCUGGGGCCCAGGGCGCCAAACCUUGAGGGAAGAGGCAGCAUUCUCAUGGCCUCCACAUCCAAUGACAACAACAACUGUGCUACACAGAGAGGGUUCUCUUCUUCCUUUGAUCUUUUUUUUAUUCGAUAUUGACCAAUCAGGGACGCAUAGCAUGUCCUACUUGGGAAUUAUUGGCGGACCUCUUUCCGGGCCUAGCCCUUGGUCUCUGUGUCUGUACUGGAGGAGUGCACCGUGAUAAGUGUGUGUUUGAUGUGAAAAGAGAAACUUCAACCUAAAGAGGGCUGAUGUUCUUACUGAGUGUUUUGUUGAAUUUUGUGGCUUGUUGCGUUGGUCAUCAGUGGACAGUCUGAAUGAGAUCUUACAUUUGUCGUUUACAGCAUCUCAGUUGCGGUCUAGGUGCUGUUCUGUAUGAUCACACUCACUAACUACCCACCCAGGCCACGAGAGGUUAACACACAGACACCCCUUACACAUACAGAUGAUGCCACAUGUCUGUUCAGUCACAUUCUCUGAAAUAGCAAUGGUAUGGCGAGCCACCUCUAACCCAAUAAGUCAUGCAUACAGCACCAAUCCAUUUGAUUCAAGCACACAGUAACAGUCCAUUAGAUUCAAGCAUACAGCAUCACUCCAUUGGAUUCAAGCAUACAGCAUCACUCCAUUGGAUUCAAGCAUACAGCAUCACUCCAUUGGAUUCAAGCAUACAGCAUCACUCCAUUGGAUUCAAGCAUACAGCAUCACUCCAUUGGAUUCAAGCAUACAGCGUCCCUCCAUUGGAUUCAAGCAUACAGCGUCCCUCCAUUUGAUUCAAGCAUACAACAUCACUCCAUUUGAUUCAAGCAUACAGCGUCCCUCCAUUUGAUUCAAGCAUACAGCGUCAAUCCAUUGGAUUCAAGCAUACACAUACCUCUUAUGAAUUCAAGGUGCUUUCAAGGUGCUGACCGUGUCUGUCUUGUCCAUCAACAACAUGUUGGCCAUUACUGAGCAGCACAGAGAAAAGAUCACAACGCACCAGUCAUUGUUAGAUCAAUGCAAUCUUUAAUACAGUUCUAAUACCGUCACAAGAUGGGCUGAAUGGAUAUCAAACUGUUAAAUGGCAAUACAACAGGUCUUGAAUUUCUCCAACUCUCCAUUUAUCCUCUGAGUUUUGAGGUGGUGUUUUAGGGCUUACAGUACAGGAGCAUAUUCAUCUCAACUCUAUCUGAGCUCCCGUAUUUAUUUCCCUUUAUAAACUGGGGGGUCGAGCCCUGAAUGCUGAUUGGCUGAAAGUCGUAGUAUAUCACACCCAAUAGCACAGGUAUGACAAAACAUUUAUUUUUACUGUUCUAAUUACGUUGAUAGCCAGUUUAUAAUAGCAAAAAGACACCUCGGGUUUGUGGUAUACGGCCAAUAUACCACGGCUAAGGGCUGUAUCCAGGCGCUCCGCGUUGUGAGCAUGAACAGCCCUUAGCCAUGGUAUAUUGGCCAUAUACCACAUCCCCUCGUGCCUUAUUGCUUAAGUAUACCAUAAGCUACAUCCUAUCUACUGAUUUCAAUGUCAUGUUAGUGACCCCCGACACAGACCAGUGCUAAGAAGAUACACAAAAGCCUCUGCUACUGAGUGUCACAGAGGUGGCUGUUAUCUGUGAUCUAUCCUGAAUACCCCAACAAAACGGUCCUCCCCAUAUUCAGGACAAUUCCCACCAGCUAGCCAGUCAGCCAUGCACCGCCAAAACAUCUGAAAGGCAAUUUAUUACUUUUGUGACUUAGUAUUUUUAGUAAAAUAGGUCUACCCAUAAUAAGUUAUGUUAAAGCCAUGUAUAAUUGUUUUGAUAUGAUUCAUAUCAAGAGUGGAAAAAGUCUUCACCUGUGUUACAACAUGAAAACCUGUCACCCAUUGUUAUUUAGUCGUUUUUUUAUAGAUUUAUUUUUAUUAUUUACAACCUUUCGAAAAUGUUUGAUACAUCUUGCUUUUUAUACAGAUACUCAAGCUUGGAAUGGAUGUUUGCAUUUUGAGUGGAUUUUGUUGAUAAUUUAUAACCUAAGUGAAUUAAUGAAUAAGUACCAUAACCGAUAUAGGGAAGGGGGUAUGCUAGUUUGUUGUAUGCUACAGUGUAAAAAAUGUUAUUGAUUAAACUGUGAUGAAGCAAUGUAAAGUUAUAUUUAGCGGAUGUCAUUUUAAAAAGUUGGGAUAAAAAGUACCAAAGGUGGCUACUAACCCUGAUCCUGUUUAAAGCUCUGGAUACUCCUGAAAUCCAUCCACUUUCAGCAGCUGUCUGGCACAGCAAACUUUAAUUCAUUACAAGACAUGAGGAAAGUCAAAGAUAAAACUAUGGGACUGUUGUUUUUUUGUUGUUCACUAAUGAAAAGAAGAUAUAGUUUGAUCGGUACAUCUAUUUUUUUUUUCUUAAAAGAAACACUGAUUAAAUGUAGCUUGAAAGUUUCCCUCUGUUUUGUAACUUUUCUUGUUUGUAAAAGGCUCUGAACAUUUGAGGUGAGAAAUGUCACCUGGUCAUUUGCACGUUCUAAGCGUUGAAGACAGAAUUUACAUGGAUGUAAAGGACCCUAUUUGUUUGCAACUACACACUGCAUCCAUUAAAUGACCAUUGUGGCCUUUUCAAGAGAACAAUGAUGUUUACUGCACAAAGAAAUCUGAUAUGACGGGUAACCAGGUUGCACUGUGGGACCUCCACCUAUGAAAUGCCACCAAUAAUUCUAAUCAUGCUUAUAGCUGAAUGGUCCCACUUAUGGAUAGUAGACACUUUUUUUUACUUAUUGUACCUAUUCAUUGUGAUACUCACUUUAACUGAAAGUACCAUAAUUGUAGAUAUCGUAUAAUAGAUGUAUAUAUUGGGAACAUAUACAUUUAUCAGAGUACACAGAAAGAUGUGACCCUCACAUUGGAGAUUGUAGAGAAGAGAAUACCCCUUGCCAUGUAUUGUUUUUUUAGCCUGUUAUUUGUGGCACAUACCAUUCCAUUUCUCCAUCUUAUCGGUUCAAUUGCAGACCAUAAGCUUAAAAUAUGACAACACACAUUGAUAACUGGUCCAACCCCAUAGCAGACCCUAAUUGUAUUAUAUUAAACAUGGCAAAGGGAGCUAGUUAGGUUAAUAUGCCAUACUAUUUUCAGCUGAAUGUACAGUAUUGGGUCACUUGUCUCAUAUUUAACUCAAAUUCACCUGUGUUCCUUGCAGGUGACCGACCCAACAUUGUUGAUACAUACUUGAAUCUUCCCCUUCAAGCACAGAUACACAUAUGACAAAAGUGAUUGUUGUUAUUCUUCCUUUAGAUUACUGCCACUUUUGUUUUUUGCUGUCUGAUGGAUAUUUAACCAAGGGCUCGAUUCAAUCCGUAACACUGAAGUUUGAUUCGAGUCCCAAGUCACCUCACCUGAACAAUAUGAACUAUUGCAGAAUACCUGUUGCUGUGUCUUGCUUAUCAUAAUCAGAUGUAGUAUUUUGUAACAUUUGUUAUAUGAAUAGAAAAAUAAAUGUAGACAGUGUAUUGGAAA